AUGAAGAUCCCACCACGCUCGGCGAUCGUCAACGAAGAAGUGCCUGCUUUCAACGAAGGCGAAUCAACCUCACCGGGAGCGGGCGCCAACGAUAAGAAUUCUGAGGAUGUUUGUGCACGAUUUUUCCCACGCAAGGGAAACACCUUUCUCGGUAGAACCUAUGCCUGCCUGCAAACGCCAGGCCUCAUGGCCCUCAAUUUCUGCUCGGCGGUGGGAAUCGUGGCCGCCAACAAGGCGCUGUUUCGCCACGCGGAAGGAUUGGGCUUCGCCACAUCGCUAACGGGAAUCCACUUCUUGGCCACAGCCUUCGGAGUGCGGGCGUGCCGGCUUUGCGACGUAUACAAAGUCAAGCCUCUGAAGCAGACCCAGGUGCUGCCGAUCACGCUGGCUUUCUGUGCAUUUGUAGCCUUCAACAACCUCAGCCUGCAGUCCAACGACGUUUCCUUUUACCAGCUCAUGAAGAUUCUCACAACGCCCGCCGUCGUCGUACUCCAGCUGGUCCUUUUCAAGGUGGUUUUGCCCUUCAAGCUGUUGGCCACUCUCGUGCCCAUCUGCGGGGGGGUGGCUCUGGCGACAGCCAACGACACGGAGGUUGCCGCGGAGGGGGCGUUUUGGGCGUUGGCGGGACUGUUGGCUGCGGCCGGGUACCAGAUCUUGGUCAAAAGUGCCCAGGACAACUUGCAGUGGGUUNUGGGUUUUCGUCGCUUGGCAACGACGUUGUAA